AUGAUGUUGAAUAAAGAUGAUUCAAAUAAUUUCUGUGUCUUUUUAAACUUAUUUAGAGCAAGAGUUAAUUUAUUAGAAAUAAAAAAAAGAAAUGAAAUUUCAAUUCAAAAAAAAAAAAUACACCAUCUACUAUUGAAUAAUGAAAUCGAAAAAGCACAUGCAAAUAUUUGUAUAAUGCUAAGGAAUCAAAAUAUAAUUGAAGUAAGCAAGAAACUAAUUGCACUAUGUACUGAUUUUAAUUCAAUUAUGUUUUUAAAAAAAAAUAUUCAUAAUAAUGACGAUAUAAAAAAAUGUCUACGAAAUAUCUUAUAUUGUUCUAAUAAAUUAAAUAUAAGUAACACGGAAAACUUAAGAAAUAAUUUUAUUAAAAUAUUUGGUAAAAAAUAUAUAGAAUUGAUUGAAACAAAUUUUAUUUUAAUUGAUAAAAAUAUCAUUUCUCUUAUUAAUAAAUAUCAUUUUUCAUAUAAAGAAAUAGAAGAAGUAGAAAAUAUGCUUUUAAAUGAAAUGGAUGAACCUAUAAAUGUGAGGAAAGAUUGUUUAUGUGAUACUUGUAAUUCUAUACAAAAUAAUAACACUCUUUGUAAUUUAAAUAAAAAAGAUAUACUUGAUAUUGUAAAUAAAUAUUCUCAAUGUGCUGAAUGUAUUUUAGAUAAUAAAAAAAAAAAUAUAUUUAAAAGCAUUGAAAAACAGAUAAUAUUAAAAUUAAAUAAAACUCUUUUAAAAAAUUAA